AUGUCUGAAUACCACGACUCCAGCGCCGACACUAGUGGAUCUUCUGGCUCUACGGGUGACAACAUAUGGCUGUCGCAUGGGAAUGCACCAAAAAAACCGGAUUCUUUUUUUAAGGAGUCCUUUGACCCUUCUGGCGGCUCAGGUACGCCUUCUUUCAGCGUUUACAUUGAUUAUUCGAACUUCGCAGAAGGCGGUGACAGCCACUCAUUUGAGUCGGCGCUUCAAAGCACUUCAUCCUUGAGAUACGCACAUCAACGUGAGGUGUCACCCACUGCAUCAAAUAAUGGAUAUCAGCGAAGCAUCGCUAUCAAUAAUAACACGCAAGGCGUCAACAGCGUGCGAGAGCCAUCUAAGCUGAAAUCCCAAAGUACCGACACCGUUGAUACGGAUCUUCUUGUGGAACUCGGGGAGAAUCAAACUCGUCCAAAUACCAACACGAAUGCCUUGGAGGGCAGUGAGGACGCUAAUCUGCUAUUGAGGCCACUUAAGCACCGCCCCCGAAUUCAAGACAGAGACAGCAGCCAAAGUACAACAGGAUCACAAUUUGAUACUAGUAGCAUACGACAGUCCUCUAAUAAUGUAAGAUUGCCGAAUGCGCGAUCGUCGUCAUUAUAUGGAGAUGAAAAUCCAGACAAACUGCAUCCAUCCACGUCAAAUCUACCGCUACAAACAGAAGCAAAUGACGUUAAUACUGAGAGCUUGGAAAAUGAGAGACAGUCAAAACCUUCUAUGGAAGAGGCCAUGAAAUUGUUCAAGCAAGAAGUCGUUUCUCGGCCACCAGUUCGUUUACUUGAGCCCAGAAGCUCUCAAUCUCAACAUCGCAUGGUACCCAACAAAAGGUCAGAGAAUUCUCUGCAAAGUCGCGUAAGUGACCAAGCGUCGCGCUUGUCACAAACACGCAGAGCCAGAAGGGGACCGCGGUAUCCGUCUCUAUUGAGCUCAAUUUUGGUUCCCCUGCCCCAUCCAAAUAACCCCCCAACGCGAUCCGCGCCAGAAAAUCUGCCACCAAUCAUACCGGCGCUGCGACAUAUAUCUGGUAGCUCAGGUCGUUAUAAAUCGCCAAGUGACACUGGAGAUCUCGCACGCGAAGAGGGUGGAACAAAAGAACCUCAAGAAGAAACACAUAACAAAGAUAAGACUUUACCAUUAGACAGUACUCUCGCUCUUCAUCGGGACGGCCAUACCGAUAUGCAGCAUAUCUACCGGUAUCGAGAGAUUCUACAUGAAGCAGACUUAGAAAAGGAAAUAUUUUACGCACAAUUUGUUGAGCCACCAUCUCUAUCGGUACACAGCUCCAAGCUUGGCCAAUUGAAUCACAUUUUUAGCAUUUGGAGGAUCGUAUUGCUCAUUCUAACGUGUGUGAUCGUACCGCCUCUGUUUUUCGUUAUUGCCCUGGAGCUGCGACCGUGCGUGCCUGACAAGACCCUAAUGCAUCUAAUCAUGAAUAAAAAAUAUCGCCAGGGCAUAUUCACGGGCUUUUUGUGGGAUGUGAGCUUACGAUGGUUUCGCAGGUUGUGCCUCCUAUUGGGAAUUCUGGAAGUUCUCAUUAUAAUAGCAGGCGUAGGCGUAGGGUUUGGAGUAGGCUUAUCUCGCGCAUAA